AUGUCGAGCAAUACUUCCAAGACACUGGAGCUGUUUUCUAAGAAGACGGUAGAAGAACACAACACUGCCAAGGAUUGCUGGGUUACUUAUCAGAACAGAAAGAUUUAUGAUGUGACCAGGUUUUUGGGCGAGCACCCCGGUGGUGAGGAGUUCAUCUUGGACUACGCUGGUAAGGACAUCACGGAGAUAAUGAAAGACAGCGAUGUACAUGAACACAGCGAAUCCGCGUACGAAAUCCUGGAGGACGAGUAUUUGAUUGGUUAUUUGGCCACUGACGAAGAGGCUGCGAGGUUGCUUACCAACAAGAACCAUAAGGUCGAAGUGCAGCUAUCUGCCGAUGGGACGGAGUUCGACUCUACUACUUUUGUCAAGGAUUUGCCCGCUGAGGAGAAGCUAAGUAUUGCCACCGACUACGGGAGUGACUACAAGAAACACAAGUUUCUGGAUUUGAAACGGCCUUUGUUGAUGCAGAUCAUACGUAGCGACUUCACGAAAGAUUUCUACGUCGACCAAAUUCACAGACCAAGGCAUUACGGUAAUGGAUCUGCUCCAUUGUUCGGUAAUUUCUUGGAACCAUUAACCAAGACUGCUUGGUGGGUCGUCCCCGUCGCGUGGGUGCCCGUGGUGGUGUACCAUAUGAGUGUUGCUUUGAAGAACAUGAACUCGCUAUUUGCUUGCUUCCUGUUCUGCGUCGGUGUGUUUGUUUGGACUUUGAUCGAGUACGGUCUGCAUCGUUUCUUGUUUCAUUUUGAUGAUUGGCUGCCCGAAAGUAACAUCGCCUUCGCCACUCAUUUUCUACUACACGGUUGCCACCAUUACUUACCCAUGGACGGGUACCGUUUGGUGAUGCCUCCCACUUUAUUUGUCAUUCUGUGUGCUCCAUUCUACAAGGUAGUUUUCGCUUUAUUGCCACUGUACUGGGCUUAUGCUGGCUUCGCCGGUGGUCUUUUCGGUUAUGUUUGUUACGACGAAUGUCAUUACUUUAUUCACCAUUCCAAAUUGCCUUCCUUUAUGCGUAAGUUGAAGAAGUAUCACUUGGAACAUCACUACAAGAACUAUCAGUUGGGCUUUGGUGUCACCUCUUGGUUCUGGGACGAUGUAUUUGGUACCUACUUGGGUCCUGAUGCUCCCUUGUCAAAGAUGAAGUACGAAUGA